AUGCGAACGUGGGUAGAUUACCUAAAACAGCGAUCGGCCAUCUUGCACUCAGUCUCCAUUUAAUAUCAUACCUCAGUGGUCCACAGUGGAAAGAGAAACCAUGAUGUCACGGACAUAGGCCGCCAAUUCGGAUCAAUCCUCUACAUUACAUUGGAAAUAAUAAUCGAACCUGUGGGGUGAAGCUGGUUGCCGCCAACAUGUCGAAAGAAUGUUUUCAAACCCAGUUCGCCUUUGUUAUGGAGAGUGUAUUGAAUACUGCAGUCACCGAGACAACGAAACUUUUUGAAAAAACUAUUGAGGAACUGCGAGCCGAAAUAUCUAGAAUAAAAGAAGAGAACAAGGACCUCAAAACGAGGCUUCGAUCCCUCGAAAAUGUGAAGAAAUCGACGGGUGAAAGUGAACGCCAAACCGCAGAGCCUGGACCGAGUCAAAGAACAUCACGUAUCGGCAAACGUGACAUUGGUGUCCAAUGCGUCCUGACAGCGCAUGCUUUGCCUCGGGCUGGGGAGCAGCACCGGCGGGAGGAGAACCAGGUGACGGAGCUGCACCGGGGGGCCUACGACGAGGAGGGCAACCCACAGACUGCCUUAGUGCUGAUCAAACAGGAGAUGGACUGGGAGGCAGACUAUUCUGAUGACUACACCCCUGGGUACAUACUGCUGAAGAAGGAGGGGGGAGAUCUCCCGACUCUGGUCCGCAGACAACCUCUCAGAGAGUUACCAGGCAGAGCCCUGGUCCCACCUGGAGCCGUCAGGGCCCUGGUCAACCGUUACACCCAGGAAAGGCCUCCUACCACCCAGCCUACCUCAGCAGAGGCCCCCCUCCAGGGAGAACCAGACACCCAGGAGGCCCCCCAGGCUCUCAGCCCAUCCCAGCCCAGGACUAGAGAGUUUACCAGUGGCAGUGCAGGCCAGGCCCCUGGAGCAGAACAGCAGUCACUGGUAAUACCAGCAGCAGAGUCUCUAUCAACAUUACACCAGACAGCAUCUCCUCAAUCAGCAGCCACUAUCCAGUCUACAACAACUGUCCUGUCUGCUGUAUUGGCCCAGUCCACAGUAACUACUCUGUCAAAAGAAACUGUCCAAACGACCACGGCGGUCCAGUCGACAGCAGCAUCGUCAGAGCGCCCGCCACCUGUCAUCUCCGGGUUACCCAGAACCCCUCUUCAGAAUACACAGCCCAGCCCCGUACCCCCUCGUCCAUCCCCAUCUCCUCGACCAGCACAGUCCCACACAGACGUUCUACCUGUAGCUCGUCCAAUAGCAGUGCCCUCAACACAACCAGCUAGGCCUACAGCUGUACCUGAUGGACCACCGGCCACACCACCAACACAACCAGCUAGGCCUACAGCUGUACCUGAUGGACCACCGGCCGCACCACCAACACAACCAGCUAGGCCUACAGCUGUACCUGAUGGACCACCGGCUGUACCUGAUGGACCACUGGCCGCACCACCAACGCAACCAGCUAGCCUUACAGCUGUACCUGAUGGACCACCGGCCGCACCACCAACGCAACCAGCUAGGCCUACAGCUGUACCUGAUGGACCACCGGCCGCACCACCAACACAGACACAACCGCCUACAGUUUUGGAGAAGUCGGGUGUUGCCACGGCAACUCUGCCAACACCUGUCCAGUCCGCUCCAUCUCCUACUGAGUUGACAGAACCUGCCGGCCCUCCUGAGAAGCAGGUGUUGUUGGUCACUGAACAUGUGCAACACUCCUCCACCGUGCCCGGACCAAAGUCACCUUCUGUCCCAGAGACAUCUUAUGAAACCCCUCUACAGCUGUCAGCCCCUGCUGGAACCACACCCUCUGGCUACUGUCAGAUGUCUAAGACACAGUUUUUAGCUCAGUUGUCAGUAGUACCCCGAGUAUGUGCUCCACCGAGGGUGGAGAAAGACCAGGAGGAGGAAGAUGAGGGGGAGAGGCUUUCCCCCCUCCCUGCCACAUCUACGGAAGCUGUGAUGACAAGGUCUGUCGCUACGGAGACGACCCCCGCCAGCGAAAAUAAGGAGGAGAUUGUUGUCCAGGUAGGCGGCAAGCGAACGUCAAGUCAACGUGAAGCGCUCCUCUCUGGUCUCCGCCUCCGCUUAAGGCCCCGCUCCCAGGACAGCACGCCAUCUCCAGUGGUUGUUAAGAAACCCAGAGGAGAGAGAACCGCCCCUCUAGACCACGACUACUCAAAGGUGAUGGAGGACGAAGAAGAAAAGUCCAGGGAAUCACACGUUGACCAGGAUGUAGUAGAGGACACAGCUAACGGUGAGAUGGCUGACGACAAGUCUAGUGGACAAGUAAGUAGUAACCACAUCAUCAGUGAGGAAGAGGGAGGAGCGAACACUGAUGUGACCUCUCUGACCAGACAAUCACCUAUUGGUGGAGGUGUUGGUGUGUCCAAAUCCAAGAAGAGAAGCAUGACCUGGGUGCAGGCUCAGAGACUAUUGGCGCUAGCCCAGGCUAAGAGGAGUAGGUCAAAGGUCGCCAAGGCCUCACAGAGAGGUCUGAGGUCAGAGCUAAGAGGCUUGGUCACACAGACACAGUUUCUGCCUUCCAACCCACAGCGCCGCCGGUCAUACAGACCCAGCCCACAAGCUGCCUCCAGCCCACGCCGCACCAGCCCUCGCCAGGUUACAGGGGACAACACAAACCCUCCUCCUGCCACCCCUCCUAACCCACAGCCUCACUCCUUCCAGGUCACUUCCACCACCCCUCGUCGCGGAAGACCUCGUUCUGCGGCCGUGGCGACUUUAAAUUUGAAACGUUCUCCCUCCACCCCUCAACCUAUCCCCUUCAUUGUCACCGUCAGCCCUCGCUCUAACUUCAAAAAGUCCCCUCAGUGCCCACGGACUUUCCAGCAGGCGCGCCGAUACCGCCAAUCACAACCGAUGUGGUCACCACCGGGACCGUUACAGCUCCAACAGUCUCCCCAGGCUCCACGGAAACGUCUCGCCAAGAACCAGUGUGCAGACUGCGGCCGUGUCCUGAGCAGCGCCGCUGCUUUAGAGAGCCACGCCUCCCUCCACUCAGGGAAGCGCCCGUUCGCCUGCUCUGCCUGCGGCAAGGACUUCCCCGACCUCAAGGGCCUCAACCGCCACGCCCGCGUCCAUGGUGAUCAGCGGGGCCACCAGUGUCCGAAGUGCGACAAGACCUUUGUCUACCGCUUCGGCCUGACUAAGCACGAGCAGGUGGUCCACAGUGGCGUGCGUCCGUUCAUCUGCCCGAUCUGUGACAAACGCUUAAUUACACAGCGUGACCUGGAGGCUCAUAUCCGCGUUCACACUGGAGAGAAACCAUUUGCCUGCUCCCUCUGUGUGAAGCGGUUCAAGAGGCGUGUGGAGCUGAAUGUUCACCUGAUGUGGCAUAACGGGGAGAAGAGACACUGGUGCUCAUACUGUGGGAAGGGAUUUCUGGAUUACAAUAAUCUGAAGAACCACAAACUGGUCCACACCGGAGAGAAACCUUACACCUGCUCUGAGUGUGGCAAGCGCUUCAAACAGACUGGCCAUCUGAAGAAACACCUGAAGACUGUACACAAAGACCGAUAGACGGCGGGGGGGGAAAAUAUUCAAUGACACCCUAUUCCCUAUAUAGUGCACUAGAUAGGUUGUCAUAGGAGCUAUUGAGGGGGAAUAGUUAUCUCCAUUUGCUGUGAAUUCAAAACCCAGCCGUGUUAGUGUUUAAUGAGGCAGGGAUCCCAAUCUAUUCUGACAGUGAUUGGGAAGGACUUGUUAUUUUAUGUAUUGAUUAAUUAAAAGUAUCAAAGCUUUUGUUUUAUAAA